GGUCCGUUGUAUGUAGGCUGAAGAUGCGCAUUUCUAACGAAACAAAAGUCAUUUUAAAUCUUGACGUUCUGGCACUAUCUGUUUUCAUUUCUGUAUGUAUGUCAUUCUUCAUAAGUGACCAGUUUGUUUACUACAGUACGGAUGGACUGCAAGCUGCACAAAAGAAAGCUGCUUUUAUACAGUCUCUUAAAAAUUUUCUGGGUAUUGGGACUGGAAUUUUCUCAACACUAAUCAUUGGUUACCUAUCAGAUAAUUAUGGUCGGCAAUUGACGUUGGGAAUUAUAAUAUUAGGAGAAGCUUUACGAAUUUUAGCUCUUGAUUGGGUCGUGCAUGAAUUUACUAGAAGUCAUUGCCUAUUUCAGUGAUGUUACAGCAUGUAGACAUUCGAAACAUACUAUGAUUAGUUUUCAGUGAACCUAUGUUUAAAUCUGUCAAAGCAGACUUUCUAUUGGUAAAAUUACCGUACGCUUAUCAGUAGUAUAUUAUGAACUAAGUGGAUUAAACCACUUCAAAGUUAAUUAGUUAUCCUUUUCACAUAUUCAUGUCCACACACGAUUUGUAAGUUAGGGUGGCUGAAAAUAUACCAAAAUAGCUAUAGAAACAAAUUAAUUCAACCGACCCAUUUCGAGCAGAUUGAUCUUAACUCAGCCUUUGUGCUUUCGUAUAAAAAUUGUCUGGGUCGGGUACUUAGGUUUGUUGAUGACCUAACUGUAUGGGAUUUCAAACCCCUCUUGUGUGUUCAAAAACAAUGUGCACUCACAUCGAAACUGCUCUGGUAAUAUUGAUUUAUUAUUCAAUAGUGUGAUUCACAUUGGUUUCCUUAUUAUCUUCGUUUUUCUCCUAUCUUUUGAUUUGUCGAGUUAGUGUUUAUUUGUCGUACAUAAAUGCUUUAACGUGUGUAUAUGUGAUUAGAUCGUUCUAAAUGUAUUGCUCAUAUAUAUCACAUAUUUCUGAUAAGCAUCACCUCUUGAUUGUAUAAGUAAAUUAAACAGUUAACCUACCACUUUACUACCGUCAUUGAAAAUUGCUAACUUAGGUGUGCAAUACUUUGAUAUUCAAAAUACCAUGGUGUCCUACAAUGUUAAUUGUUUAGAUUAAUUUUCACAUGUAUUAUUCAGGAAAAUCUGGAAUCUUUUUAGACUGAAUAUAUCAUGCAACAGUUUGAUUAAAAUUUCAAAAGAUUGGAAUAACUGACUAAUCUGUAAAAAAACACUUCCUUUUUUCCCAGCAAUUAACAAGAAUCUUUAACACCUUUAUAAUUAAGGUGAAUUAUCGUAACAAAUCAAACGAAGUUGACUUAUUAUCAUCACCUAGUUCAAAUUAAUUCAAAGUACGGAUUGGAGAACUUUCCAAAUCUACCAUAUGUGUUUAAUUAUGCAUACAGUUGUUGGGGCCCGUAUACGUUUACAAGUACCUUAGAGAUAUAGUCAUUUAAUUGCUUUCGGAACGAAAAUCUCUUUAUUAGUACUGAAAUAAAAGGACUAAUAGUAUAUUGCGAUUAAGUGGAAAGAAAAAAAAUUCACAAUCGUACACAAGCAAUUACAACACAAUAAGUCACACAAGCUAACAGUCAAAGUCGGGACAUUUCUAACAUAACCAUUCGAGCCUAAAGAAGAGGAUGUGCCAUUCAGAAUGCAUCACUGAUGGCACUAGUGUUAAAGGACCAUCAUUUUUGUCUAACUUACAGACUACCACAUUUUGACCUUAUGUUUAUCGUACAUUAGACAUUUAACAACCAGUUUUUUUUAUAAUCAUUCAACACUUAGUGAAAAUUGUUCACUUACCUUCCGUUUGUUAUUAUUAAUGGCUUUAUUCAGUAUUAUAUGCGUAGUAGAAUAUAGAAUUCUCAGCAAAAGGUAUUUUAACAGGUUCCUUUUACAACAAAAGGUGAUAACUGGAUACACAUAAACAUAAAUUAAGUAAAUAAACUACUGAGAAUUAAAUGAAAUGCUUUUUAUUAAGAUUGAGAUCUGCACAACUUUUUAAUUAGAAACAUGUUUAAGAAUACAAGUUAUUGACUAGCUGAACUCUAACAACUUGUUUAUCACAGUAUAUUUGCUAGAUAAGGCAUUGUAGAGCUUUUAUGCCUUUGCUUGAGUGCAUCGACUGUAAUGCAUUUUUGCGCCUUGUUUUACUAGGAGGUAUACAAGGAGAACGAUAUGAAUAAAGUGGGUGGUUACUAUUUGAUAACACUUCUUAGGGGUUUGCAAGAUUUUAAAUAUCUAUCCGUAACCAUAUUAAUAAUGACUUAAAACGAUUCACACACUUUGCUAACUGCCUUCCGCACUCCCCGCAAUACACUGAAAUCUUUUCUCAAAAACCUGGGAAAGUAUAAUCGGGAGCAGUAUAAAAAUAGUAUUAUGCAGGUACUAAGAAAUCGCAAAAGUAAAUGCAGCCCCUUUAUAUAAUAAGUCAGAUGGCAAACUUUCUUCGAUAACUAAAACAUAAGAAGAACAAGAAAGACCAGAGGAAAAAUUCACACCAAGAUAAAUGACCAUUGACACGGUUUUCACUACAGAAUCUCUAGCAGUGAAAGCGUUAUAGGAUUCCAAAGGGGUGUUUGAGUGCUGUUCGUGCCCCAGAAUAAAUUUAACACUUUGACAUUCAGAAGGGUUAAGUGUGCGAUCACCGACAACAGGUUAUCGUUCAACAAGAGACAAGAACUCAUUCAUUCCAAGUGGAUGUGGAGAGGUAGAUAUCGAGAUCGUCCGCAUAUUCAACAAAAGUGCUUCCUGUGGGAAAUAGCAGGUCAUGCAGGAAAACAGAGAAAGGAACAGGGUAAAGAAACGCUCCUCGUGGAACACUUUCAUGAAUUAGUAGAGAUGUUGAACACUUUUCUCCAAACACAGUGUACUGUUCUCUUCCAGAGAGAUAGAAACACAGCCAGUUGGUUAUCCAGCUUUCAGUGUUGAUUUUGACAAACUUGUUAAGUACUAGUUGUCAUGGCAUAGGGUCAAAGGCAGAAGUAUGGUCUAGAAAUGCGCACCGAACAUCUUUCUUACCCUUUUUCAACUAUAUUGUAUUGAAAGACAACAACAGCAUCUGUGUCACUCUUUUGCAAUCAGCAUUCUCACUCAUCCUCAUAUGAAGAAAUCUAACAAUAUAAGUUAUACGUAAUUAUAUUUGACCGGCUCCUCUUAUUACUUAUUUUUCUAUGCCUGUUAAAGGUAUUAUCGUAUUUUUCAAUUUUUCUCCCUGGAGUUUGAUUGUAUCUGAAUUAUUAGAAGGAUCUAUUGGCGGUGGAUUGUUAUCAAUUUCAGCACAAUUAUUUGCUUGUAUAGCUGAUCUAACCCAAAAAUCACCUAAUGAAAUAGUAGUAAUAUCCAAUGAAAAUAUGGAUUCAGUAACUCAGGCAAAAAGAUUAGUAAAAAAACGUUGGUUUUUAUUUACUUUACUCGAUGGUGUAAUCACUUGUGGUAUGGCAUUUGCAAAUGCACUAACAGGUUUCAUGAUUCAACAUUAUCGUUUCUACAUAACAAUGCUAACUUGUAUAGCCUUUCUUAUUCCUUCAGUAAUUACUUUAUUUCUCGUACCUGAAACAAGUGUGAAGACAAUACAAGUUGAACAGACAGAAGAUAUUGAAAAUUCAUCCAAUGAAUUAUGCAUUACAGCUCCAGCAGUUCAUAAUGAAACUAGUAAGCAUCAAGAGUCCUCUAGUAAUUAUUCAGUCCACGUACAAUCUGAAAAUAGCUGUAUGAAUAAGCUACAAAUUAUAUCAAAACUACCUCGUACUCAUAUAGUAAUAAUUAUCAUUAUUUUCAUGUUUUCCAUCUCUGGUGUGACGGAUACACAAUAUUUAUUUCUUUACUUAAUGAGUGGUCCUUUUAUGUGGGAUGCACAAGUAGUUGGUUUAUUCACAGGUUUAAGAGAUGUAUGCUGCACAUUUGUAUCUGUAUUAUGUGUCAGUACGAUGGUCAAGUUUCGUAAAGAUCAACCAACUAAUCAUGUUGAAGUAGUAUCAAUAUCAAAUAGAAUGAAUACAACAUUAUUUGGUCGUUUAAAAUCUGUGGAUCAAAUUCUUCUCAUUAUCUACAAUUCCAAGAUUUGUUAAAGGUUUUCAAAUAUCCAUACUUCGAACUAUUAUAUCAAAAUGGACAGAAGUCUCUAAACAAGGUAUGGUAAUGUCUGUUAUUGCAGUAAUGGAACGCCUUGGGCUUUUGAUCAGUGUUGUAGCUCUACCAGUUAUAUACGCUGCAACAGUUAGCACUUUCAAAGGAUCGGUAUUUUUCGUUUGCGCCUCUUUUACAAUUUUGGAAGCUUUAAUAGUCUUAAUUUUACCAGUAUAUGCUCCAAACAAAUUGUCACUGGAAUCGUAAUCAGUUAAUUAUUGGUAAUAUAAUCUGUUAUGUCAUUGAACUUAAAGAAGAAAAAAGACGAAUCCAGACUUUAUUAAAAAUAUAAUCAACUCAUUUAUUUAUUUAUUUACUUAUAAGAAAUCAUUUAUAUUUUCAGAACAUUUGUUACAUUUCUACAAUAAAUCUACAAUAAAUCUACGAUAAAUCACUGAUAAGAGGACU